GUCCUCGACACCCCUUGCUCCUCAUCAUUCGACAUGCCUCCCAAGCUCGACCCCAAUGAGAUCAAGGUCAUCACCCUUCGUGCCACAGGUGGUGAGGUCGGUGCAUCAUCUGCGCUCGCCCCAAAAAUCGGUCCUCUUGGUCUGUCUCCGAAGAAGGUCGGCGAAGAUAUCGCAAAAGCUACGUCAGACUGGAAGGGCCUCCGUGUGACUGUCAAGCUCACAAUACAAAAUCGUCAAGCUGCCGUUUCUGUUGUCCCCUCUGCUUCCUCCCUUGUCAUCCGGGCGCUCAAGGAGCCCCCGCGUGACCGUAAGAAGGAGAAGAACAUCAAGCACACGGGGAAUAUUUCCCUGGAUGAGAUGAUCGAGAUUGCUCGGAUUAUGCGGGACCGGUCACUGGCCAAGAACCUGGCCGGCACAUUGAAGGAGAUGCUGGGGACUGCGCAGUCCGUGGGUUGCACCAUCGAUGGGCAACCAGCUCACGAUAUCAUCGAGGCAAUCGAUGCUGGGGAGAUCGAUGUACCGGAUGAGUAGAUGCGUGCGGGUUGUUCUUUCCUACCAUGACUGCCGCUGCGUUUGGGUUUGUGCAUGAAUACCAUAUCAUUACGAACUGCAUUUAUUAUGAAAGCUGCCUUGGUCACUCGCUAAACCAAUACCUUGC